GGCUACCGCAACCUGCGCUGGCACACCAUCAGCCACUGCGACUGCGACCGCCGGUUGAAGGAGUGCCUGCGGCAGGUGAACGACACGGCCUCGCGGGUGGUGGGCCAGGCCUUCUUCAACGUCAUCCAGGUGCCCUGCUUCGAGUUCGCCUACAAGGAGGAGUGCGUGGAGCCCUACCUCUAUGUCUGGUGCAGGGCGUACAACACUGUGGCCGUCGCGGUGCCCAGGGAGCCGGUGCUGUACGAGUUCGGUGGGGAGCUGAUCGACCGGGCAGCGAGGCCCAGGGGGGUCCCUCGGAGCCCUCCAUGGAGCAGCGCAGGUGGAGGAGCCGUCCCAGUGGAGCAUCACGCACCCACCCACCCGCUGUCCGCCCCCACUGUCCCCACGGGGCAGGACCCACAGGCCCUGCUGCCAGAUUUGGGGGAAGCAGCUAACACCAUCCUGAGUGACGCCCCGGCACGGGAGGUCUUGGGCGGGGAGCCAGCGCUGGCCACCCCAUCCCUGGUCCCCACCACCAGCGGGAAGAGAAGGAGGAAGGAGAGAAACAGAAAGAAGAGGCUGAAAAACCAAGCUGAGGCAGAGCCUGCAUGA